CUACUUUUUUAGUGUAUAAAUAAUUCUAAGUCAACUGCCGAGAGUGAGAGUACUUGGAUCAGUUAAUUAUCCUGAGACAUAAGGCAAACUUAUAAUGGAUGAAAAUCCACUGGCAAAACUGCAGUUAGAGCACCUUUACAAUGAAUUUGUUGCAGAACAAGUUGCAUUAAAUGUUCCCAGAACAAGCAUUGCAUCAUUUAAAGAUUUUGCUUCACAACUUGCUCAGCAUUGGCGCCCACAACAUUUAAAACCAAAAGAACCAAACCAUGAGGUUAGAAUUGAAGGUUAUGAAGAAUACUCUGAAAGCGAUACCUAUCGAGAACAUAUGAUUGGUUUAAGAUCCAAAAUUCACAGUGACGAAGAUGCAGCUAUUAUUAUACAGAGAGCCUGGAGAAGGCAUAUAGACAUGCAAGUUUACAAGUAUUACAAAGAGCUCAUCAACUUCAAAGCAAGAGGGAACCCAAGCAUAAUGCUGAGAUGUAUAAAUCCCACAGAAGCCAAGCUGUUGGAUGCGGCUGCAGGAAUUAAUGUGCGAUUCCGACUUGCCGGGGAUCGAUUUCCACCCAAUAUUUAUUAUAAAAUAUUCACCAAUCGGCCCAUUCAAGAUUUAUGUGCCAAUAGUCCAAAAGACUACACUAGUGUCAAGGCCAAAAAGCUAACAGCUAAAGACGCCCACAGCCAUGUACGAGUUUCCAAGGUCCCAACAGACAAUGACAGAGAAGGCUGGUAUAGGAGAAUAGAAAACAAUGGAUGGAGGCUUGUAUCAGACAGACUCAUACACCACAUCAUGAAUGAUCCCAUCACCCUGGAGACAUCAAAAAAAGAAUAUAAAUUUGAUCACAGUCGAUUGAAAAGAAAACAAGAUGUUGAAAGGAAAAAGAAAGAGAAAAAAGUAGAAUGGAUGCAAAAACUAUACAAACAGGGGAUGUUACAAGCUAAAGCCCAGGACUAUGAGACAAGAACUCUUAUAGAAGAUGCCACAGCCGGCAUGAUGGCUACAGUAGAAUCUCAAGGCAUCGAUGCCCUGGAGGACUGGGAGGUGGAUGAGCUGUUAGACUGGACCACGAGUCUGAAUUUUGAGGAGUAUAGGACUAGUUGGACAGAUCUCGCUACCAGUGCCAUGUCACAGAAAUUAAUUGAGGAUAGGUUCAGAAUUUCAACAGCUGAUUCUGACCCAUUUGAACUGAGUCUAUCCACUGGACCAUCAAGACUAACAUCCACCCGGCAAUCUCUUGCCACUUCUGAAAAACCUGCUAUUAGGAUAUAAUUUUGUGUUAUAAGAUUGCUAAUUUAUGUAAUUGUAUGUAAUUUAUAUAGUAAAAAAAUCUAUAAAUACUAUUUGUUAUGAGGUGUGGGACAAACCAAAUUGUCAUAAAAUUAUCAUUUUAGUAGUUAUAAAUGUUAUAUAUAUAUAUAUAUAUAGGGCUAUAUUAUAAUUGCUAUAAUUUUUAAGAGAGCCUAAUAAAAAGCCUUCAUUGUUUUAUAAAUGUUGCUAUGUAAUAAUUGGAUAUUAUUUGUUUUAUCUGCUGCUGGAAUGAUCAUGAGUAGUUUAUAUUUUAUAAUGUAAAUUAAUUUGAAGUAUUAGAAUUAUUAUCUGACUAGUAUUUCUAGUAUUUUUUUGUAAAAAGAUUUUGACACAAAUGCCAUAUUGAAUUCAUUACAAAUAGCUGUGUACUGUCUGCUAGACUUCUACUGGAAAACAGAAAAAUGCGAAUUAAAAUGUA